AGGUAAGCAAACGUUGCAACUAUGCAAUUUUAAGUACGACUUGCUGCGGGACUAUAAACUCGAAGUUCUUUUUCGAAUCGUGCCCGCCGGUGACGAUGAGUUUGUCACUCAUACAAAGUUACUCCUCAUCGGAGGAAGAAGAAGAACAAGAAGAAGAACUUCACUACGACAACUCCGACGACGACCAAAAAGAUGACGUUCCACAGAAUCGUUACAAACCUUUUUUUAACCCUAAUCCUUCUUCAUCUUCAUUGCUCCCUUCCGCUCUUGAUGCCUUCUCCGAAAUUUCAGGGCCGCCGGAGUUUUUGAACAACAGUGUUGAAGAAGCGGGAAAGGACGUUAAUGAACAGAGACACGGUCGCCGUAAGUACAGCAGAAACAAGAAUGAUUUACCAGCUGGUGCUGUAGUGGAGUCAAAGGCUCAAUUAGUAGGACUUCAUGAGAGGGUGAGAAGCGAUGUCGGUGGGGGCAUCCCAAAAGCAGCCACUGGUCAAGGAAAUGCUUUUGUUGGCACUGUACAAGGAGGCAAAUCUGUGGCAACUGCGAGCUAUCCUGGUGCAGAAGAUGCAGCAGAGCUUCUGAGGAUGUGCUUGAGAUGUGGAAUUCCCAAAACAUACACACACACAAAAGGGAUGGUGUGCCCAGCGUGCAGUGAUCACCCUGUAAACUCUGACGAAGAGCCAGUCAAGAAAAAGGGGUCUACCGUCAAAGACAAGGAGAAGAAUAAGAGGAUGAAGGGGCAGUCAUCCCAUGCAACAUGGAAAAGUGAGACGGAAAUGCAUCUCCGCCAACAAUUUGAUUAGUCAAGUCUAAAACAAGUUGGUCCAAAAUAUAGUUAGGUCCUCCAGUAACAUAAUCGAUCAACUAUGUACUUAUAGCAGCUCUACUCAGCUGAAGUGAUACUCGGAAUUAUGAGGUAAUCUUGCAGCUAUCUGUUUAAAGUGCAUAACCUGUGUGAUGUAGAUUCUGGUCUGGCUUUAAAGCUAAGGUGCCACCACUUUGUUUGUUUUUCUCAAGUUGUUGCAGCAUAAAUUUAGUUUUUGAUACUUCUUGUUUGGAAGAAGCCGUGUAGUAAACAUGUAUCAUGCUCUUUCAUCAUUGUCAACUUGGGACUUGAUUAUACAUUAUGUAGGGAUAAAUUUCUUCACUUGAUGAAUUUGUUUCAUAAAUUA